AUGACAGAUGAUAUAGAUGUUAAUGAGAAUAUGAUUAAAAAUGAAGAGGAAAAUGUGGAAAAUAAGAAUAUGUUAAGUAUUAUAAGUAAUGAUAAAAUUACUGAUGAAGAAAAUAAUAUUCAUAAUGAUGAAUGUGUAAAAAAUAAUAUUUUAUGUUUAAAAGAUAUAAAAGUAAAUAGGAAAAGAAUAAUAAUUGAAAAAUUAGUAUUAGAAAAUUUUAAAAGUUAUGCUGGUGUUAAAGUGAUUGGACCAUUCUGUAAAAAAUUUAGUUGCAUCGUAGGACCUAAUGGAAGUGGUAAAAGUAAUAUAAUAGAUGCUAUGCUUUUCGUAUUUGGAAGAAGAGCAAAAAAAAUUCGACAAAAUAAAUUAUCUGAUCUUAUACAUAAUUCUAAAUUUUCUCCUAAAAAUAAUUUUACAAAGGUAUCUAUUUAUUUUAAAACUAUAAUUGAUGAGGAAGAACCAAUCGUCGAAGAAGAAUUUUAUUAUGAUGACUAUGACGAUGAAGAUGAAUAUGAUGAUGAUGAAGAGGAAGAUGAUGAAGAUGAUGAUAAUGAUGAAGAUGAUAAUGAUGAAGACGAUAAUGAUGAUAUAAAAAAAUCGGAUAAAUAUAAUAAUAAUGAAAAAGAGGAAAACUAUUUUUCUGGAAGAGAAGAAGAUGAUAAAUUACACAAUGGAUGUAAUAAUAUGGAAAAAACAAAUAACAUGUCAAAUAAUAUGUCAAAUAAUAUGCCAAAUAAUAUGCCAAAUAACAUGCCAAAUAAUAUGCCAAAUGAUGUGUCAAAAAAACAAAGAAGGAAAAGAAAGAAGAAAAGAAAAAGAAAACGAUUUCUCUUUAAAAAUACGGAGAAUCCACUUUAUCAACAUUAUUAUCAAGAUGGUGAUGAUAUAGAAGAUUUUGUUAUAAGCAGAGAAGCCACUAUAGACAACCAAUCAAAAUAUAGAAUAAAUGAAAAGGUUGUUACACAGAAAGAUGUAUCAGAUUUAUUAUAUAAAAAAGGUAUCGAUUUAAAUAAUAAUCGUUUCUUAAUAUUACAAGGAGAAGUCGAACAAAUAGCUCAAAUGAAUCCAAAAGGUAAUAAAAAUGAAGAUGGUUUAUUAGAAUAUUUAGAAGAAAUAAUAGGUACUAAUAAAUAUAUUGAAAGUAUAAAUGAACAUUUAGAAAUAUUAGAAAGGUUUGAAGAAAUACAUCACGAAAAGGUUCAUCGUUUAAAACUUGUUUAUAAUGAAUUAAAAGAAUUAGCAGGUCCUAAAAAAGAAGCUAAAUAUUAUAUGACCCUACAAAAAUAUACAUAUAAGUUACAUAUAAUUAUUAAUAAAAAGGAUCAAUAUGAAUUAUCUAAAAUGAUAAGUGAUAAAGAAAAGGAAUUAAAUUUGUUUUUAAAUAAAAGAGAUAAUCAUGAUAUGGAAUAUAAACAACUAUUAGAAACACGAAAAGAAAUGAAUAUAGCUUUAAGUAAUUUAGAAAAAGAAGAAGAAGAAGUUAUAAAAAAAAAAAAUUUGAAAAACAAUGAAUUCAAAAAAUUAAAUAUGGAAGAUGAAAAUAUUAAAAAAGAAUUAUUAAUUAUUGUACAAAAAAUGCAAAACUUAUAUGUUAAAAGAGAAGAAUUAAAAGAAAAAGAUAUCCCUUCUUAUAAAAAAAUUAUUGAAGAAAAACAAAAAAUUAUUAAUGAAAUAAAAAAAGAAAAAUUACAUUUAUUAGAAACUGAAUUAGAAAAAUGUGAACAAGAAUUAGAUAAUUAUAAUGAAGAAAUAAAACAAGAUAUUGAUAAAAUGAAUACUAUAUAUUCGAAUGAAGAAAAAAAAUUAGCACCUUUACAAAAUAGUUAUGAUAAUAUUAUUAAAAAUAUAUCUGAAUAUACAAAUCAAUGUCAUAUUAUAGAAAAGAAAAAAAAGGAAUAUUUAACACAUAUAGAAAAUCUUAAAUAUUUACAAACAAAAAUUAUUAAUGAAUUAAAAGAAAAAGAUGUACAUACAAAAUAUUUAAUCAAAACAGAAGAAGAAAAACGAAAAAAUUUAAAAGGUAAACAAAAUGAUCUUGAUGAUAUUGAAUCUAAAAUACAAAAAUUAAAUACAAAUUUAAUAGAGGAAACUGUCAAAUAUGAAAAUAUUAAAAAAGAAGUUGUUACUGAUAGAAAUAUGAAUAAAUUACAUCAAUUUGUAUAUAAUUUAAAGAGAUCAAAAAUUAAAGGAAUACAUGGGAUGCUAAUUGAUCUAGGGUAUAUUGAAAAAAAAUAUGAAAAAGCAUUUACAAUAGCUAGCAAUAAUUGUUCAGAUUUUGUUGUAGUAGAUAAUCCAAAUGAUGCUGUAAAAUUAUUUGAAGAAGUUAGAAAGGCUAAUAUAGGAAGAGUGAACGUUUUAUCUUUAUCAGUUCUGAAUACAAAUCUAAAGAAUAUAAUGUUAAAAAAUGAAGAAUUAUAUACACAACCUUUACCCAAUGUAUAUAGAUUAAUUGAUCUAAUAAAAUUUAAAAAUGAUAAAUAUAAAAUAUGUUUUUAUUAUAUUAUCAAAGAAACAAUAUUAGCUAAUACCUUAGAGCAAGCUCAUGUUAUAGCAUAUUCACAUAAAAAAAGAGUCGUUACAAUAAAUGGAGAAUUAAUUGAAAAUGACGGAAGACUAUGUGGAGGAGGCAUGGAAAAUAAAAAUUCAAAAAAUAAUGGUAGAAAUUCAGAACGUGCUAUAAAUAGUAAAAAUAAUAACAACAAUAAUAAUAAUAGUGGAAUAAAAACAAGCGAAUAUGAUGAAUCACAUUUAUUAAAUUCAGAGAAAAUAUUAAAAGAAUUAAAUAAAAAUAUUCAAGACCAAAAAAAACUAAAAGAUAUCCUAAUUAAUGAUAUUAAUGAUAUCAAUACAUUUUUAGAAGAUAAUGAAUGUAAAAUUGUUAUUACAAAAAAAAAAAUUGAUAAUUUAAAAAAACAACUUGAAGAUAUUGAUGAUCAAUUACAAAACUCCAAAACACCCGAAUUAACUAAAGAUGAAGAAAAUGAAUUAAAAACAUUAAAAAAUUUAAUAGAAGAAAAAAAUAAUGAAAAAAGUAAAGUCGAAAUUGUAUUAAAAGCACAAGAAGCAAAAGUAAAAAAAUAUUACGAACAAUUACAAGAUGUUGGAGGAGAAAAAAAAAAAAAAUUAAAAAAUAAAUUUAUUAAUGCGGAAAGACAAUUAAAUAUUAUGAAAGAUCAAUUACAAGAACAUACAAAUGAAGAAGCUAAUGCUUUAGCUAGUUUAGAAAAAAGUGAAAAAGAUAUCAGAAUAUUCUCAGAAAAUAUUUUAGAUUAUGAAGCAAAUGAAAAAGAAUUAGAAAAUGAACUCAAAAUUAUUGAAAAUAAAGGAUGUGCAGUAUAUGAAGAAGUAGAAACAUUAACAAAUUUAUUAAAUGAUAUACAAUCAAAUAUUGAAGAAAAGCAAAAAAAAAAACAACAAGUAGAUGAAAAUAUUUCAAAAAAAGAUUUAGAAAAUGUGGAUCUUGUAUAUAAAAUUGAACAUCUUCAAAAAGAAUUAAAUCAAUAUAAAAGUAAAAAUGAAAAUUAUCAAAAUAAAAUUGAUGAAUACAUGGAUCUAAUCAAACAGUCAGAUAAAGUUAUUCAUGAAAAUAUGCUCUCAGAAAUGAGAUAUAGGAAACUUUUAGGAAAGAAAAAAAAUAUUAAUAAAGACCAAGAAGACCAAAGUACAAGGGAGGAUAUAAAAAUGGAAGACCAUGAUGGUGAAGAUGGAGAAGAUGAUGAAGAUGAAGAUGAUGAUGAAGAUGAAGAUGACGAUGAAAAUGAGGACGAAAAUGACGACGAUGAUUUAGUAGAUGAGGAAGAGGAAGAAGAAGUGGAAGAAGAAUAUAUGCAAGAAGAUAUUCAUGAUACUCAAGAUACUCAACAUAUGCAACAUCAAGAGGAAACGAAGAGGAAAACAAAUAUAUAUGGUAAUAAUCAACAAUACGAAGAUAUUGAAGGUUAUGAUAAAAAUGAUCAACAUCAUAAAUUAGGAAAUCAAAUAAUUCUACCUAAUGGUAAUAAUAAUCAAAUGAGUCAAGAUAAAAAUAAAAAAAGGAAAUUAAACGAAAAUGAUACAACAACUAAAUGUCCUGAGAAAAAGAAAGUAAAAAAAAAAAAAAAAUUAUUAGAUGAUCUAAAAGAUCUUGAAGAACUUUUUGGUGAUAGCGAUGAAUUAAAAGAAUUAGAACAUGAAUAUGAUCAUAUUAAUAUUAAUGAUACAGAUUUAGAUAUGUUAAAUAAAAAAGAUAUCGAAACAAAUCUUGAAAAUAAAUUAUCUAUAUUGGAAAAAAAAACUCCAAAUUUAAAAAUUUUUCAAAAUUAUAAUUUAAAAUUAUAUGAUUAUAAAGUAAGAAGAAAAGAUGUUAAAAAAUCAAAAAAAGAAAAAGAUAAAAUUAAAGCAAUGUAUGAUAGUUUAUGUAAUAAAAGAAAAGAAGAAUUUGUAGUAGCAUUCAAUGUUAUAUCAUCCAAAUUAAAAGAAAUGUAUCAAAUGAUAGCUAUAGGAGGAGAUGCAGAAUUAGAAAUUAUUGAUUCAUCAGAAAUAUUUAAUGAAGGUAUUUUAUUCUCUGUUAGACCUCCAAAAAAAAGUUGGAAACAUAUACAAAAUUUAUCAGGAGGAGAAAAAACAUUAAGUUCAUUAGCUUUAGUAUUUGCUCUACAUUAUUUUAAACCAAAUCCAAUUUAUUUUAUGGAUGAAAUUGAUGCAGCACUUGAUUAUAAAAAUGUAACUAUCAUAUCACAUUAUAUUCAAACAAAAACGAGAAAUGCUCAAUUUAUUGUUAUCUCCUUAAGAAAUCAAAUGUUUGAAUUAUGUGAUCGUAUGAUCGGAAUCUAUAAAACUAAUGAUGUCACCAAAUGUAUAACACUUAACCCUGAUCAAUAUGAAAUCCUCAAACACCCAAAUACUAAACUAAAAAAAAAAACAAAAUUGGAAAAAAAUAUAAAAUAUGAAAAUACUGACGAAAAUUAG